AUGACGACCCGGAGCGAGCCUUUAGGCGCUAAAGUUGACAGAAGGAGAGGGCCACUGUCCUCCUCCAACACUCCAGCCAAUCUGUCAGGAUCAGGCAGGGGGCCAGGGCAUCUCGCUAUCUCCUCUGCCCGCCGCCUGCCCGCCGCCUGCAGUUUAGGCGCAUCUAUAGUGGAUGCUUUGGACACGCUCUUCAUCAUGGGGCUUCAAGAGGAGUUUAAGGAUGGGCAGGAGUGGAUCGAGCAGAAUCUGGACUUCAGUAUAAAUGCUGAGGUAUCGGUGUUUGAGGUCAACAUCCGUUUCAUUGGAGGUCUACUGGCCGCGUACUACCUCUCAGGACAGGAGGUGUUCAAGAUGAAGGCCGUACAGCUGGCGGAGAAGCUCAUCCCUGCCUUCAACACUCCCACUGGAAUCCCCUGGGCCAUGGUCAACCUCAAGACUGGUGUUGGCCGUAACUGGGGCUGGGCCUCGGCGGGCAGCAGUAUCUUGGCCGAGUUUGGGACUCUGCACAUGGAGUUUGUCCACCUCACCUACCUGACGGGGAACCCUGUGUACUAUCAGAAGGUCAUGCACAUUCGUAAGCUGCUAGCUAAAAUGGACCGGCCCAAUGGUCUUUACCCAAACUACUUGAACCCUCGGACCGGUCGCUGGGGUCAACAUCACACCUCGGUUGGAGGACUGGGAGACAGUUUUUAUGAGUACUUGCUGAAGGCUUGGCUCAUGUCGGACAAGACGGAUACAGAAGCUCGCAAGACCUACGACGACGCUAUAGAGGCCAUCGAGCGCCACCUCAUACGCAAGUCCAACGGCGGCCUGACGUUUGUGGGAGAGUGGAAGAAUGGGCACCUGGAGCGGAAGAUGGGCCACCUGGCAUGCUUCGCCGGAGGGAUGCUGGCUCUGGGCGCUGACGGCUCUCCGGAUGACAAGGCUGGACACUACCUGCAGCUGGGGGCCGAGAUCGCACACACAUGUCACGAGUCCUACGACAGGACGGUGUUAAAGUUGGGUCCAGAGGCCUUUAAGUUCGACAGCGGUCUGGAGGCGGUGGCGGUGCGACAGAAUGAGAAGUACUACAUCCUGCGCCCUGAAGUCAUCGAGACGUACUGGUACAUGUGGAGGUUCACCCACGACCCCAAGUACCGGCAGUGGGGCUGGGAGGCUGCUCAGGCCAUAGAUAAAUACUGCCGUGUGAGUGGAGGCUUCUCUGGUGUGAAGGACGUCUACUCUUCCAAUCCCACGUACGACGACGUGCAGCAGAGUUUCUUCUUCGCCGAGACUCUCAAGUACCUGUACCUGCUCUUCUCCAACGACGACCUGCUGCCGUUGGAGAACUGGGUGUUAAACACUGAAGCUCACCCGCUGCCGGUGCUGCACUUGGGGAACAUCACUCUCCCGGGCAGCGAGCCGUCCCGGCGGUAG